GAUCGAUCUGCAAUCGCACAUGAACGUAAGUGAGUCGAGUCUAGAGUCGUCCUUAGUCUUCAGUAACUGAUCAAAUCACGAUGAAGUCAGUAUUUGUCCUCGUUUUCGCUUUUUCUCUCGGCGUUCUGGCGCCUUUGGCUGAAGAAACUCCAGAAUUUAAUCAAGCUGACACGACUCAUGACACAGCUUCGCUUGGCAGCCGAAAUUUAGAUUCUCUGGACGCUCAAGAUCGCUUUCUAUCCCGAAAAAAGAGAGGACAAAUCAAUAGUUGUACAGGUUUGUUCUUAAAGUGAGCUAAAUUUAAAAGUCAUCAAAUGCAUGGAGUCAAUAAUAUCUUCAUAUCUCAAAAUUUGGUUGAAGUCGAGGGUGGGUGCUAGUGAGAGAAAACUUGGGCUGGCAAAUUUUGCCACAACAAUACAAAUUAUAAUUUUAAAAAAGUUAAACUAAAUCGCUAUUUUAAGUCUACUUUAACAGCGCUUGUUCAGUGGCUGUUUUAACAACUGACUAGGAGAAUAACAAUUAACCAGUGCAGAGCGCCGUAAAACAUUUAGUUCCGUGAUUCAUCGUUAGGAUGAUAGGGCAACAGUCAAAACGUUGUAUUAACACAGGGUCCAGAGGAGAUGUGUUUGUCGUUAGAACAUCAAAACCCGUCGAAAACCUCUGAAAAAACAGGUUAUUUUGAUCGCGUUACGGUUUCGUUACACAUUCUAUAGACCGCAAACCAAGAGACUGAGGGCUCGCAAGAUCGGCUUACAGUAAUCGUGCUUCGGGCGACGACCUUCGGUCACCCUUCGGGCGACGUGCCGUGCGCCAGCGAGGAUAUGGCUUGCGGUUAUUGAUUUUCAAAAGUCGAUCUGGGUCAGAUAAGAAGCGAAGAAAUCGUUUACAGUAGAUUUAUAAAGAUCCCAUUGGGCUAAUUAAUCGUGCCAAGCGACAGGUAUAGACAUUUCUCAAGGUAAGUAAUUCAUUUAUUCACACGAAACUCCUCUGGACCCUGUGGUAUUAAUAGCUAGCUAUCCCACUGGGCAAUGAGAAGAAGGAAAUUCCAGAUAAAAACCGUCAAAAAAAGUUGUCGAUGUAGCGUAUUGUUGAACAUACAGUAUCUAAACUUCCGUGCCCGCGUAUUUACCCUCGUAAGUGUAGUAAAAUUAUUUUAAUUUCAUUAAUUUUAUUGUUUAAUUUUUAGGUCGCUGGCGUAAGGUAAAUUCCUCUCCAGUGUGUUUUGGCGCCAGAAAUCAUCAGUUCGGAAGGUUUCUCAUGCCAUCUAGUGGCAGAUUAGCCGCCAUAAAGCUGGUUCAUCUGUACGGUUACGUGUCCUGUAGAGCGAAUGAAGCCAACAGAUGGUCUUACUGUGGCUGUGGUGGAGAUCCACUUUUCGUUGCCGUGACGACUUCAACCAACCGCGUCCUCUUCCCACCAAAACAGUUUAAGGAUAAUAGCAAAGAAUUCAGGAUUAAGGCAUAUAAUUCAUGGUCCCCAGAGCUUGUCUUUUCAGUUUUCUCUCAUCCUCACUGGGUCUCUUUGGGUCAACAGUUGCGUGUGUGGUAUACCCAAGAUUUGUGGGAUUUCUAUGAAACCGAUAAUGGCGGAAGAGUAUGUUGCGAUGUUUAUGCGCCCUUUAUCUGA